CAUAACUUCUCUGAGUUCUAUCUCUCUCUCCUUUCGAUAGUUUUAUAACAGCUUCAGAUUUUCUUUUGCCUUUCUCCCUUUCUUCCCACAGUCACCUCUGCGCAGCACCCCCGCUGCCCUCCGUACUAGGCCGCGGGCGGUAAGUACUUCGCCCCCACUGCGUGACUUUUUUCUCUCGCCACCUAUAUUUUCCCCGUCGCCGAUUGCAACACCACCCCAAGCCGGAUAAACCGUUUGACCAGUGGAGGCCACCGGAGCUAGCAGCACCGCGUCAUCUCGCCAAGUGCUUCAGACCACCACGAACCAUCUCUAGGCGGCGUCGCGUCGCUCUUGAAUUCGUCUGAAUACUGCUCUGAGAUUGGGUUGGAACUACCUAUAAAUCAGAAGUUUGGGAAAGGAUUUAUCUUCUAAGCAUGUUUUGUUUGUGGGUUGAAGUUGCUUGAUGUUGGAGAAGAGCAGGAACAUGAUGAUUGCCUGUGGUGUAAAUUCAUUUUGUUGCCGGUUCUCCUCAUUAGGAAUAAGUCAGGUUGAGAAAGCCGAGGUGGAGCUGUUGCUGAGGUCCAGACUCUCAAAUUGCACGAUUUCCUUCCUUCAAAAUGCAACAAGGUCUACCAUCUUCACUGCAAAGGCGCUGAAAGUUCCCCAUGUCAAAUGCUCACUCAAUCAUGGUGGAGAACUGCUAACUAAUUCCAAAGCUGUUGGGAAGAAAACAAUAAAGGUUGGAAAGAGAGAGCACCACUUGUGGAGGAAAAGAGAUUGGGCUGCGUCUGGGCAGAAGGCUCUUGGUCUUGUUAGAACUCUUUAUGGACUUCCCAAAGAGAAAGAAGCUGUUUAUGGAGCAUUAGAUAAAUGGAUUGCGUGGGAGACAGAAUUCCCACUGGUUGCAGCAGCUAAGGCUUUACGAAUCUUGAGGAAGAGGAAUCAAUGGAAGCUAGUAAUUCAACUGGCCAAGUGGAUGUUGAGCAAAGGUCAAGGAGCAACAAUGGGAACAUAUGACACCCUUCUACUGGCAUUUGAUAUGGAUCAGAGAGUAGAUGAGGCUGAAUCAUUGUGGAACAUGAUUUUGCAUGUACAUACACGUUCUAUCUCAAAGCGGUUGUUUUCUAGGAUGAUCUCUUUGUAUGAUCAUCACAGCAUGCAAGAUAAGAUAAUAGAGAUUUUUGCAGACAUGGAGGAGUUGAGUGUAACUCCAGAUCAAGAUACUGUCAGGAGAGUGGCACAUGCCUUUCAGAAACUCGGUCAAGAAGAUAAGAAGAAAUUGGUUCUCAAAAGAUACAAAUCUAAAUGGAAGUAUAUCCACUUCAAAGGGGAAAGGGUCAGAGUGAGAACGGAUGUGUGGGAUGAAGAUGAGGCAUGAAUCUAUCGAAGCGGAACCUUUCGGGAUUAAGGCCCCACAUCAUUGGCUUUCCCUGUUAAACCUUGCUAAUUAGAGGAGCACCAUUCAAGAUUUUAUGGAUCUUGUAGCUUGGGUAAUAUCCACGCGAACUUUCCUUUAGGGUCCAAAGUGACGCCUUAUGGGUGGACUUUUACCUGCAUCCAAAUCAGGAGUGACCUGUUGAUGGAGAUAUGUACAGAUAAAUGGCAAGAUCCACUGUAAUUACAAAGAAAGGAUCAUAGUUUUGCUGUUGUAACAUAGAAGGAUGUCAUAUUUUUCUGUUUCCAUAGGAUCAUGUCUUAUAACCUCAAUCAAUUGGAAGUAGAGAAGAUCCAAUUUUAUUGGAUUUUUUGGGGAA